AGCUGCUUUAGUGACGACCACAGCAACAAGUAGUACAGAGCCACAUUUUCCUUUCUCUCCACUCUCUCGUUAUCAACUCACUCCUCGACUCGCAGCGCCGGCGUCAUCGUCUUCGGAGAAGGCACCGGUCGUAGACUUCCAGUGCGGUUAUUGGGGACCUCCGUAAGGUGCAGGAGUGCUAUGGAUACACAUGAUUGGAGGGCUCAAUUACUGCCUCAUAUUCGCCAAAGCAAAGUCGAUGAAAUAAUGAGUACAUUAAAAUUGUAUCAGUCUCAUGAUGGUGAUGAUGGUGAAUUACUUGAAGUUCUAAAAAGUGCACAAGGUUUUGAGCAGAAGACUUAUGCUGGUGCAGCUAGCCAGGAAGAUUACUUACAGAAAAUAUCCUCAAUGUUGUUAAUAAGUCAAAAGUAUUGGAGGGCUGGACUGCACCCUGAUAGUCGCCGAAGAAUCGUCAACAAAAUAUUGGAAACAUUAAGAAGACAUCUUCCUGUUUCUGGCCAAGAGGGAUUAGAUGGACAUCGUAAAAUUGCUGCAAGAUUUGAGAAGGUUUAUAAUGCAGCAACAAGUCAGCCUGAUAAUCUUCGGAGAAUAUCACUGAAGAUGCUGUUAAUGGAAACUAGAGGCCAAAACACCAUAGCUAACUCUAUUCCCUCAAACUUUGGUGACAAUAAGGGUGGAUCUUCUGAUACAGGUCAAAUAGCUUCAAGCAGCAGGACAUCCUCAUUGCACAAUAUGGAUAGAAGAGUGGGUAAAGGAUGCAGACAAGGAGAUGAAGUGAUAAUGCUCAUUGCAUGAACAUGAGAAAUUUUUGGUCCGAAAAUUGUUGGAUGCCUAAACUACCAGUCAAUUAGCAUUUUCUUUUUUUAACUUUUUACAUGGUCAAAACAAAAAUUAUUGAAGUACUUUGAGUGUUUACAAGAUCAGUGCAAAAUUUUUUUGCAAGUUUUAUGAACGUUUUUGUCAUGCGCAAGAGCAUUGGGGAUUCAAUUUAUUUCUUUGAUUGGGCUGAAGGACCGGUUGCCACAAGCCAAUUUCUUUGUGGAAAUGUGUCAUAUAUAUAUAUAUAUAUAUAUAGUCGCUGUUGUAAAUGCUUUAACGUUGUUGUUAAUGUCUAAAUUUAGUAUUAUUAACAAAGUUGUAUAAUAACUAGAUUUAUUA